CCGGGAGGGAGGAGAGUUGUUGGUUACUGGCCAAGUUUUCGCUGUUGGCCAUUUUGCUUUAGCUCGUUGACAACGUCGUCAUCGCGUUACGAUAGCAUUCGCGUUUAAAUCUCUCGAUCAGUGCUCGAGUCGUUCUAUUUAGAGCGCUCGUCACCUGUACGUUAUAGCCUAUGAUAAAUAGAUCAGUCUCAAGCUCCCGCACAUAUCUAUUUCUCUUCUCGUCGAACAACGUGAAAAGUCUGGUCUGCUAAUGCGUGGCGUUUCAGAGAGCUCUCCAACUCGCGCAAUGGCGGAGGAUUUGGAUGUCGAAGCGAUGCUGGAGGCCCCGUAUAGGAAGGGGAUGGUACGUAACAUGUACCCUCGCGCUCGUAGGAUGUUCGCCAGCAAGUUCCUAGAAUGCACUUGAAAGACGAGGAGCAGGACUCCUCCUCCAAAGACAAGUCCUCCAAGGAGAAUGGGUCUAGUCGCAAAUCAUCAGGGAAAAGCAAACAUCGUUCGCGUUCUCGUUCACGAUCUCGAGAUCGCGAUCGUCGGGAAAAGGACAAAGAUCGGCGGGAUCGUGACAGAGACAGGGACCGGGAUCGCGAUCGGGACAGAGAUCGCGAUCGCGAUCGUGAUCGUCGACGCAGAUCGCGAUCGCGAGACAGGCGAGACCGCGACAGGGAUCGAGACAACGAUAGAGACAGGGACAGGCGAGACAGAGACAGAGACAGGGAUAGGGAUAGGGAUAGGGAUAGGGAUAGGGAUAGGGAUAGAGAUAGAGAUAGGGAUAGGGAUAGAAGAAGAAAGAGAUCACUAACUCCGCUCACUCUUCCCAGAGCCCGACCGCCGUUCGGCAAAGGUCACAGCCCUCUUGGAAUAAAUGAUGAAUUGACGCCAGAGGAGCGAGAUGCCCGAACUGUAUUUUGUAUGCAACUAAGUCAGCGAAUCCGUGCACGUGAUUUGGAGGAAUUCUUUUCGAGUGUCGGCAAAGUGCAAGAUGUUAGACUAAUUACAUGCAAUAAAACUCGAAGAUUUAAGGGCAUUGCUUAUGUCGAAUUUAAGGAUCCAGAAAGUGUGACACUUGCUCUCGGUCUAUCAGGUCAGAAACUCCUUGGCGUACCUAUUGUAGUACAGCAUACACAAGCUGAGAAGAAUCGUAUGGGCAACUCGAUGCCAAACUUAAUGCCUAAAGGACAAACAGGACCCAUGCGAUUGUAUGUAGGAUCUCUGCAUUUUAAUAUUACAGAAGAUAUGCUUCGCGGAAUUUUUGAACCAUUCGGAAAAAUUGAUAACAUUCAAUUAAUUAUGGACCCUGAAACCGGGCGUAGCAAGGGUUAUGGUUUUCUCACAUUCAGAAAUGCAGAUGAUGCGAAAAAAGCUUUAGAACAACUGAAUGGAUUCGAACUCGCUGGUAGACCUAUGAAAGUUGGCAAUGUAACAGAACGAACUGAUUUGAUUCAGGGACCUUCUCUUCUCGAUACAGAUGAGUUAGAUCGUAGUGGUAUCGAUCUCGGUGCAACUGGAAGAUUACAGCUGAUGUUCAAAUUGGCGGAAGGUACAGGCCUGGAAAUUCCUCCUGCUGCAGCAAACGCUUUAAAUAUGGCUCCAGUCAUGACACAACCACAGCCGCCACCUCAAGCAGCACCUCCAAUUGCGACACAGUGCUUUAUGUUAUCGAAUAUGUUCGAUCCACAAAAUGAGACAAAUCCUAAUUGGGCAAAGGAAAUCCGCGACGAUGUAAUUGAAGAAUGCAACAAGCAUGGCGGCGUGUUGCACGUGUACGUGGAUCAAGCAUCACCACAGGGCAACGUUUAUGUGAAGUGUCCGUCGAUUGCAACCGCUGUGGCAGCGGUAAAUUCGCUACAUGGUCGAUGGUUUGCCGGUCGUGUCAUAACUGCCGCCUAUGUGCCGGUAGUGAAUUAUCACUCUUUGUUCCCGGACGCAAUGACCGCGUUGCAACUAUUAGUACCAAGCGCGCCGCGAAGAGGAAUGUGAUAAUCUUAAAAUGAGCAAGCGAACAACAAUCGUCGUCCACUGAUGUUUAAAUCUGCGUAGUAUUGCAUUCUAUUUUCUAUCCAUACACAUACAUUCACUAUCAUCUCUUUCGCAUAAGAAUACUUUUUUUUUUUUUUUUUUUUUUUUUUUAUUAUUAUUAUUAACGAAAUGAAAAAAGGAAGUAUCAGUCAAAAUUUCCACGAGACGCAACGAGUCAAGAUGAUCGCACUAAGAAUAGUAUCACAAUGGCAUAAAUUCACAGCAUAUCAUAAACGCAAUAAACUCAAAUCAUCUCAUUUCAUAGCAUCAUGCAUCAUUCGCAGGAGAUUUUGAUCGAAAUGUAAUCAAAAUUUGUGAUAGUUGGAAAAAUACAUUAGUUUUUGUUAACAUUUUGAAUCUGGCUAUUUCAAAUAUAAAUCAAUUUAGAGGAAAGAUGAGAUGGACUAUAAAAUAAUUUUUGCCCUAUUAUAUGUAUAUACAUAUAAAAUAGAAUAUAAAAUAGAAUAAUACAUAUGUAUGUACAUAUAAUAGGGAAUAAAUUAUUUUGCAGUUCAUCUACUCUCCUCUAAAUUGAUGUAUAUUUAAAAUAUAUAAUAUAUAUAAUUUUUUUCUUUUUCACAACAUGAUGUGAAAAUAUAUAUUAUCUAAGUAAAAUAGAUAUUAUCUUAAAUUAAUUUUUUUUUGGUUAUAUUAUAAUAAAUAAUAUAUUGCAACAUGAAAUAUUUUUAAUUAUAUACUUACAUCAAGAUUAUAAAAAUAAUUGAUAUUGUGGAAACGGAGUGAAUAUAUAUAUAAUUUCUAAAAUAUUUUUUCUAUUGCAUAAAAAUGCAUCAGCAUGCCCCAUUUAUAAAAUAAUAAUUAAAAAAUGAGGGCAUAAAAAAAAAUUUAUGGCGGAUUCAAAAUGUUAAUAGUUUUAAUAAAAUAUAGUUUGUUUUUGUAUGAAGACAGUCAUUAUUUCUUUCAAAAUUACAAAAUAAAUAUUUAUUGAUAUGACGCAAAGUUUUGUUCUAUAUCGACAUAUUAUGUUUUGCGUUCAAUGUAGCAUGUUUUUAAAUUCGUUUUUGUGUCAAUGCUUAAUCGAUCAUUUAUAUGGUCAUAUUGGAUGAGAAAAACUUAAUCCUCUCAUUCCUAAUCAAUUUCUAGUGUAAAUUACUUAGUAGUAAAUUUGUAUCUAAAGAAUGAAAAACACUAAAUAUUAAAAUAAUAAAAAAACAUGUCAGUUGUAUUGCCUAAUUAAUUUUAAUUCCUUGCUUUUUAGGGUAUAUCCUCCCUAGAUUACAUCUGUGACUGCAAUAUUAAAUAAAAAAAACUCAUUUAAUUAGAUUUAUUUUAUUUCAACUUCUUUGAAAUUAAAAAAAGUUUAUUAGUAUAUAGUGAUUAUUCAUUGUCAUAUAUACAUAUUUCUAUUGAGAAUGAAAGGAUUAAGAUAUGUUUAUAAUGGGUAUAACAAUGAUUUAUACUAACGAGAAUUAUGUUAAGUAUACAUUGGAUUUGUUAUAUUUAUAUUGAAAUUGAAGAACAAAAAUGUAUGGUGAUAAAAUGUUUACACAUAGAAAUCUUUAAUUCGGAUAAUUAUUGCAUUGAUACACGAUAAGAUUUUCUUUAUUUUCAUUAAUAAUAUAUGCGAUUUUGCAAUAGAUUACCAUUUUAAUAAAAAAUUAUUGUGAUCAGAAAUAAAAUACAUAAUAUAUAUCAUAUAAAAUCUUUCUAUGAGCAGUAAAAUGCAAUUGUAGAAUUUUUAGUUAUAUGUAGAGAUACUUAUGUACAAAGUUAUAACAAAAAUAAUAGACCAAGUGGAGUAUUCUCGUUUUUGGAGUCGCGACUCCAAAAAAUUGUUUGAAAAUUUUUUUAUUACUCUUAUAUUAAAAAAGAAUGAAAAGUUAAUAAAAUUAUUGUGUGUAUGGUAGACUCGAAAUAAUUGGUUAAAGAACAAAAUAAAUUGUAAGGAUUUAUUUUGCAUAAAACAUUCUUGUUUAUGUUUGUAUAUUUGCUUACAUGCUGCAAGAUUUUGCAUAAACAAUUGCGUCAAUGGAAAUCAGAACUAGACAUUUUUUUUAGUUGAAAUAAUUUAUUUUUUUAGAUUUUUCUUUGAUUAAAUAAUGAGAAGAUUCUCUUAUUGUUAGAUCUCAAAAUCUCGCAGUUUGUAAAGUAUAAUAUAAUAUUUCAUGUAGCAUUCAUGAAAAAGCAGCAUAACAUUUUUCAUUCUUUUCUAAAAAUAUCUCAGAUCUCAGAUCUAUUUAUAUGUCAAACAUUCUAUAAGUAGUUUCGGAUUCAGAUAGUCAUAAAGUAUGGAAAAUUUCUAAGCGUUACAUGUAGACUUUCCAAAGUGUCGAUUACAAAAUGCAAAAAAAUUAAUUUUUUGCUCUUAUAAAAUAAAAGAUUCACUGAAAAUAUUUUGCGUAUUGAUGUAAGAAGUUUGUAGUUUAACAAAGUUCAAGAUUCUUGUUGAUCGUUAUGAUCGAGAAAGAAACAAUUAAUUUGUAUAUAAGUUUUUGUAAAUUAUAAUUCUAAGUAGUGUUAUAGACACAUAAGUAAUGUUAAUUUACUGUACCUUCGUAUUAACAAAAUGAAUGUAUACUUUGAUGAUUAUAAAUGAAA